GGAAUGAUUUUGUCUGUGAGAAAGAUGCUGGAAUAUCAUCUGUAGCUUUCAGUCAGGGUAAACCUUGAGGGUCUGUGGAGUGUUUCUUCUCCCCAACUGGUGGAAGUGUGGUUUUACAUAAAGAGAAUAAAACGUUUCAGGGUUUUGGGUCUUUGUUGCUGAUUGUGCUGAUUCUGUGUCAAAGUUGCUCUUCUGUAACCUGGAGCCAUGGAACCUGACUUCUUCCCCUCUUCUGACAUGUGGUGGGGGACUCUCGGUACCGUCCGACCCUUCUCCAACUUUCAACCUGACAAAGAUGUGAAAGAGAUCCAGGAAGCGGUGGGGAAGAAAGACGUGGUGACACUGGUGAGGAUUCUGACCAAUCGCAGCAACGCCCAGAGACAAGACAUCGCUAAGAGCUUCCAGGAGCAAACAAAGCAGGACUUGAGUGCAGCUCUAAAGAAGGUCCUUUCUGGAGACCUUGAGGAUCUGCUGCUGCAGCUGAUGAUGCUCCCGGAUCAGCUGGAGGCCCACCGGCUGAAGGGCGCCAUGGCGGGUUUGGGCACAGAUGAGGAAACACUGCUGGAGAUUCUGUGUACCCGCUCUGGAAAGAAGCUUAAGGAAGUCAGUGCUGUCUACCGACAGGUGUAUAAGAAGGAGCUGGAGAAGGAGCUGAAAGCAGAAACCAGUGGAGACUUUGCCAAACUUGUUGUGGCUCUGCUGAAUAAAGAAGUUUCUGCAGGUGCUGUUCAGAGAGAUGUUCAGGCUCUCAUUGCGUCUCUAAGUGGAAAAAAAGCUGAAGCCGGACCAUGGAUUAACAUCCUGACAUCCAGAGACUCGGAUCACCUGGAUAAAGUGCUGAUGGAACUGGAGCUGGAGACCGGCCAGAUGGUGGAUCAGAUGGUGGAGAAACGCUUCUCAGGCGACUUUCGACUCGGUCUGAGAGUUUUAGUUCAGUGCAUCCAGAACCCUGAGGUCUACCUCGCCCAGAGACUGGUCCCCAUGAAGACAUCGUUGGUUCAGGGGAUCAUGUUGUCCCACAGCGAGGAGGACCUGCUGAGCAUCCGGGCAGCGUUUCGCAGGCUGAGCGGCUCCUCUCUGUACUCGGCUCUGCAGAACCAUUUUAAAGAAGAACAUCUGCAGGCGCUGCAGGCCAUCUGUCGAUCUGAAGAUUAAAGGGAAACGUCCGCACCAGGAACCACUUUAUUCAUAUUUCACAGUUACUUUUCAUGUUAAUGUUUCUGAGCUUCACCUGUAACUUAACUUUCACCACUUUGUGCAACUAGAAACAACUUGGUUCCUAAUUUUUACUGUUUAACAUGAGGACUUCUUCCCCCUAAACUCAUUAAAACGGAAGUAUAUCUCCCAAACAACCAGCAGAACAGAGAGCUUAUCAUAUUUACAUGAAACUGGGCAGAACCAAGUUUUCAAAUCUUUAAUUAACCAAAAACCUCCCCAGAGAAUAAAAAAAAAAAACAACA